AAGAGAAGUCUAGAACAUCUAAGAUACCAUUCCAGAAAGAUUCAACAUGAUUUCCCAACUCUUCUUUGCCUUAGCAAUCUCUUCAGUAUUAGUUUCGGAAUCUUCUUGUGCUGCGUACGAACAUGGGAGCAUGAGAGUUUGUGGUUCACGAUUAGUGACUAUCAUGUCUUUAGUUUGUGAUGACCUAAACAAUUCGCAAGGCAACAAAAGAUCAGUUAACUGGAGUCCAGAGGCCUCUUUUCAGUAUCCAGACUUCAGAUCUAAUGCCUUGUCUGCUGCUGGUUAUCAUUGGAUGGACAGUGAUGUCAACUCCUUCAUCCCAAUGAGACACCAGAGAGGAAUCAUUGAAGCCUGCUGUGAUAAAGCUUGUUCCAUAGAUAAGUUAAGAUCUUUUUGUCCAAUUUAUUGAGUAUUUAAUUGAUAUAAAUUUUAAUCCGUAUAAUGCAUUUAGGUUGAUGAAAUCACUUUGAUGUACACAAAUAAAAUAUGAAACUUU